AUGCCGUAAAGGUAUUCAGAAGUGUCGUAAAGUCACUUAACUACCGCAAAUGAUUAAAGGCUCAGGACAUUUACUGAGUCGAUGGACCGGCAGGGUUGUCAAGUGUCUCAUCGAAACAAAAAGAAAGUCGGUCCGUGCAUUUAAUUAGAAAACAACAUCAUCUAACUAUGUCAGAAACUGGGGUGAUUAAAUGCAAAGCAGCUGUUGCAUGGGAGCAGGGGAAGCCUCUCACCAUAGAGGAUGUGGAGGUGGCCCCACCUAAAGUGCAUGAAGUCCGCAUCAAGAUUGUUGCCUCAGGCGUGUGCCACACAGACCAGGAAUACCUGACUGGAAAAGGGAUGAAGUUUAGACCGUUCCCAUUAGUUCUUGGCCAUGAAGCAGCUGGAAUAGUGGAGAGCGUCGGCCCUGAAGUCACAACAUUUUCCCCAGGGGACAAAGUCAUUCCUCUUUUUCUGCCACAGUGUGGGGAAUGUGAACAAUGCCUGAGUCCCAAAACCAAUCUGUGCAGGAAGAACUGGGCAAAUGCACAAGCUGGUGUAAUGGCUGAUGGCACAAGCAGGAUAUCUUACAAGGGCCAGCAGGUGUACCAAUUCCUUGGAGUCAGUUCUUUAUCCCAGUACACUGUGGUCGCAGAUACCUCGCUUGCAAAGAUAAGAAGUGAUGCACCGCUAGACAAAGUGUGCCUACUAGGCUGUAGCGUCUCUACCGGUUAUGGUGCUGCGAUUAAUGCAGCCAAGGUUGAGGAAAAUUCCUCGUGUGCCGUGUUUGGGCUCGGAGCUGUCGGACUGGCCGCCAUCAUGGGCUGCAAGGCUGCUAAAGCCAACAGGAUCAUCGGGGUUGAUGUUGACCCAGAGAAGUUCAACAAAGCCAAACUGUUCGGAGCCACUGACUGCCUCAACCCCAAAGAACAUACUAACAAAACCAUCCAGGAGGUUCUGCUGGACAUGACAAAUGGGGGGGUGGACUAUGCUCUGGUGUGUGUUGGGAGUCCAGUUGUUAUGACCUCUGCGUUUGAGUCUACUAGAGAUGGCUUGGGAACCUGUGUCAUUGUCGGAUGGUCGGAGACGGACGCAAUAAGCGUUAAGGUUGAAAAGAUCCUGAUGGGACGCACAUUGAAGGGGACCUAUUUUGGAGAUUGGAAGAGUGUGGAUGGUGUGCCUAAACUGGUGGAUGACUACAUGAACAAGAAACUGAAGCUGGAUGAGUUUAUCACCAACAAUCUCCCACUGGAGAAAGUCAAUGUGGCCUUUGAAGACAUGAAAAAUGGGAAAGGCAUCUGCACUGUAAUCAACCUGUGGCCAGAAUAGACUACACCUACAAUGGAUUCCAUUUAACAUUACAAACAUAAGAAGAAUUUACAUUCAAUGUCAUUGAAAUGAUAUUUUGCAUACCUCUGCUCUUUGUGAAAAUCUAAAUGCUAUUUUGUCAUGGCCACUAGAUGGCAGUCUCAUAGCACGUAAAUGUGUUUCCAUGAAAUCAUGUCUUUGAAAAAUACUUUUCUUCCUGCAAAGUGUUCUGUAUUUUUAUUCUGAUUAUAUUCUGAGGUUGUUUAUUGUUAUUUAUUCCAGACUUGAUUAAAAGAGAGAAAAAGCACACAAGUGCAUUUAUACCAAAUGUUACUCACUUAUUUGAUAUACAUUAUCUGCAGUAAUACCAAGAGAGAUUAUCUCUGAAUCGGUCCUGUUUUUUUUAGCUAUACAGUGAUCCUUGUACUCAUAUGAAGCAGUAGUUGGAAUUAAAUACCCUUGUACUGUAUGGAAGAUGGGCUAAAAGUCUCAGAAAACAAAUGACUGAAUCUGUCAUCAGCCGUGGAGAAGUAUCUGCUUCAUGUGGUCAGGCUUCCCAAAUUUCGUCCUUGGUAAUAUUAUAUAUUGAUUUAAUGGGGAGAAGGGCUAGAAUAACAGUUGUGGGCUGUCAAGACACAAGACAAAAGGUUGUUUGGGGAAUGCCUCUCGUUGCAGAACUGAAAUAGCUGUCGGAGGAAUUUGUUUUAUUGAAGUUCCAUUCAGAUCAAAUGAAUACCUUUGGCAGUUCCCUCUGCUUUUCCGUCUCUAUUUAAACUGGAAAAUAAAUUGGUGCUCUCCCUCUUA